AUGGCGUCCAGUUUACUCGAGACCGGGAGCACGCAACUGAUCCGAAACACCGCUGCCCAGCAAUUAGCCGACGUUCAGAAAGCCCAUCCCGAAGAACUCUUCAACCUCCUUACCCGCGUCGUCCCGUAUCUCCGGCACAAGAUAUGGGAUACCCGGAUCGCAGCUGCCAAGGCCCUAGGAGGCAUCGUUGACAAUUCAGAACGUUAUGAUCCGAAUGCCGACGAUGGCUUCUCCAAGUCAGAUGUCAAGAAGGAGAAGGACAUCAUCAAGAAGGAAGAGCUUGUUGAUGAGGUCCCGCUUGCAGAUGGCCAACUGAGCCUAGACACUCUUGAUAUCGUCUCUAUUCUCAAAUGGGGAAAAGAAUUGCUCCGAGGAAGUGCCAAGGAUAUCGACUACACCCUAGCAACACUAGAUCCCGCACAACGAUUGGAGCACCAGAAGAAGACCCUGGCCGGCCGGCUAGGCUUACUGGGAGAAUAUAUCGAGGAGGAUAUGGACAUUGACUACCCCAUUCUCCAAAAGACCGGCGGCUCUACUCCUUCUCUCGCCAGCACGAAUGGCCACAGCAAUAGCAUUGGGGGUCAGGUGCCCACCACUCCCGUCGGAGAGGCAGGCUUGAGCGCCCGCCAGCUCAACCAACUAAAGCGAAAGAGGAAGCGAGAGGCCCAGAAUGCGGGAAACAAGAACAGACUGGUGGACCUGUCGAUUCGACGUUCCAGCACUAUGGGGACCGUAGAUCUCGGAGCGGAUUCCACCAUGUCGGAUAUCAUCGAUGACGCCAAUGGAAACGGUGUCUCUGACUACUUCAGUUUGGAGAGAACCUCUGAAGUCGAUGAGGACAGUAAGGUGGUUUCCGAGUUCAAGGGCCCAGUCCUUCCCAUCAAGUCGGAACUGCAAACCGAGGAAGAAGUAGACGGUGGCGAGUGGCCAUUUGAGCGACUUUGCGAGUUCCUCAUGGUCGACCUCUUCGAUCCUCAUUGGGAGACAAGACACGGCGCUGCCAUGGGUCUGCGAGAGAUCAUUCGGGCUCAUGGUGGCGGGGCAGGUCGAAUGAGAGAAAAGUCACGUGCAGAGAACGACGAACUCAAUCGGCGAUGGCUUGAUGACCUUGCUUGCCGUUUGUGCUGCGUUUUCAUGCUCGAUCGUUUUGGCGAUUACGUUUCCGAUACUGUCGUUGCACCUAUUCGCGAGACCGUUGGCCAAACACUUGGUGCGCUUCUCAUUCACCUCCCAGCCACUACCGUCUACGCCGCCCAUCGAAUUUUACUCCGAAUGGUGAUACAGGAAGAUCUCAAUCUUACACACAAGGGAUGGGCUGUCUGUCAUGGUGGUAUGAUUGGCCUCCGAUAUCUGGUUGCCGUUCGCAAUGAUCUGCUCCUCAAGGACAGUGAUCUGAUCGAUGGCGUUAUAAAAGCCGUCAUGAAGGGCCUGGGAGACUUGGACGACGAUGUUCGUUCAGUCAGUGCCGCAACACUCAUCCCAAUUGCCAAGGAGUUUGUGAACUUGCGCCCAGAGGCUCUAGAUGGUCUCAUCAACAUUGUCUGGGAGUGUUUGUCCAAUCUAGGCGAUGAUCUCAGUGCUAGUACCGGCCAGAUCAUGGAUCUUCUUGCCAAACUUUGUAGUUUCCCCGAAGUGCUCGAGGCGAUGAAACAGAACGCGGCAAGAGAUCCCGAGAAGUCGUUUGCUCUUCUGGUACCGCGACUAUACCCUUUCCUAAGACAUACCAUCACAUCAGUCCGGACAGCUGUGCUGAGAGCUCUCACAACGUUCGUCAGUAUCGAAGGCGAUGGCACUCGAGACUGGCUGAAUGGAAAAAUUCUCCGACUCAUCUACCAAAACAUACUCGUCGAACGUAAUCAAGACACCCUCAAUCUCUCCAUACAAGUUUGGACAGCCCUGGUCCACUACCUUGCCAAAGAUCCAGCAGAUCUUGCAGAGCAGUUCUCAGCCCAUGUUGAUCCUCUCAUGCAACUGACACUGCACCCUAUUGGUGUCUCUCGACAUCCACUACCCAUGAAUGCCACCCUCUUCCAGAAACCCUCGGGAAGCACGUACACUAUGCCUGCCGGCUUUGUGCCGACGCCGACAGCCCGAGGCUCGUCUCCUGCAGCCCCAGAGCCCCCGGCGAAGAAACAAAGACGCAAGACAACGAAGAACGCCGAGCUAGCUCCGACAAGCUCCCCGCAUGAUGUGGACGGCCACAUGAUGCAAGGCGAUGUAGACUUGGUGGGCAUGGAUAUUCUAAUCAGAUCCCGAGUCUCAGCUGCCCGCGCAAUGGGCAUGAUCAUGUCACUCGUUCCAAGUGGCAGUCUUGAAGGCUACGAUGCGAACAUCAUCCCCGGUCUGUCGUCUGCAUUUUCCUCGACGCAGCUCACAGCUGCUUUGAUUAUUGAUGAAUACGCGAAAAACUGUACCUCAAAAGAGCAGCCAAGAAGAUACGUCAACUCACUGAACAAGAUUGUCGAAGAUGAGCGACCUUGGCAUUACAGAGAUCUGGUCAGCUACAUCCAGCUCGUCCGUGCUCAAUGUUCUCAGUUGCUUAACACCUUCCGAGAUACUGGUAAGGUCUCACAAAGCCGCUUACCAGUCCUUGCGGUUGUGGUCCAGGGAGAGGCGGAAGCUGGACCAGACGCAUUCUCUAUCCAAACAGCUGACAAGGUUAUCAAUGAGGAUUUCGAGCGACUGAAGAAAUCUAUGGGUGCUGGCCAGCGGAUGAUCGCGACACCAGCUUUGACCGAAGCGCGCGACAACGUUGUCGAAGUCAUCAAUAUAGCCAAGAGCAUCAAAGAGCAGCGAGACACCCGGAUCAAGGCCGCUGCUGCAAGCGCUUUGGUCUCGAUAAAAUUCUCGCCCAAGAAGCCCACGCAUAUCAUCAAGGGCAUGAUGGACAGUGUGAAGAAGGAAGAGAACUCCGAGCUACAGCAACGAUCAUCAGCCGCUAUGGCAAGACUUGUGGAGCUCUUUGCCGAAGGUGGUCGGGCCGGCCCAGCUCAGAAAGUCGUCUCGAAUCUGGCCAAGUUCAGUUGUAUUGACACUUCUGAGACUCCCGAGUUCACGCCGAAUGCCGUCUUUACUAGUGCGAUCCUUUCCCUUCGGAAAGAGGAAGACCGCAAAGACCAUGCUGACGCUGCGAAGUUUGCAUUAGAAGCAAAGAAUGCGAAAAUUGUCCGGAGGGGUGCAAAGGAGGCACUAGAACAAUUAUCCAACAUCUUUGGCGCCAGCUUGCUCGAGAAAGUGCCCACGCUCAGGGCAAUCAUGCAAGACGCUUUGCAGCAUGCAUUUUCUGGGGACCUGCCUGCCGAUACCAAGGAUCCAGAGCAGGAAACUGGCCAAGCUGCUGUAGAUGCCAUGUCAGUUCUCCGGGCUAUGACACCUACAUUGCACAGGGACCUGCAUCCUUUCGUUAUCGGUCUGCUACCCUUAGUCAUCAAGGCUCUUCAUUCAGAACUGUCAGUUUUCCGCUACAUGGCUGCCAAGUGUCUUGCAACAGUAUGCAGCGUCAUUACCAUUGAGGGUAUGACUAUGCUCGUAGAAAAAGUCUUGCCUUCCAUCAGCAACCCUAUCGAUCUGAACUUCCGGCAAGGUGCCAUUGAAUCCGUCUACCACCUCAUUCAUGUCAUGGGUGACAACAUCUUGCCAUAUGUCAUCUUCCUCAUCGUACCCGUGCUUGGUCGGAUGAGUGAUUCUGACAACGAUGUCCGACUUAUUGCUACAACAACUUUUGCUACCUUGGUCAAGCUCGUGCCCCUCGAAGCUGGUAUUCCAGAUCCUCCAGGACUUUCUCAAGAGCUGCUGAAAGGCCGUGAUCGAGAGCGAACUUUUAUUGCCCAGCUGUUAGAUCCUCACAAAGUUGAAUCGUUCAGCAUUCCAGUCGCAAUCAAGGCAGAGCUGCGCUCAUAUCAACAAGAAGGUGUCAAUUGGCUCAACUUCUUGAACAAAUAUCAUCUCCAUGGCAUUCUCUGCGAUGAUAUGGGACUUGGAAAGACUCUCCAGACAUUGUGUAUUGUGGCGAGUGAUCACCACAACCGAGCCGAGGAGUACGCCAAAACAAAAUCGCCCGAUGUCCGGAGACUGCCAUCACUCAUCGUCUGUCCUCCUACAUUAUCUGGCCAUUGGCAGAUGGAGAUCAAAACAUAUGCGCCAUUCCUUUCAUGCACAGCUUACGUAGGGCCCCCAGCUGAUCGAGCCCGACUUCAAGAUCAACUCGGCAAGACAGAUAUUGUUAUUACCUCUUACGAUAUCUGCCGUAACGACGCUGAUCUUCUCACCGCCUUGAAUUGGAACUACCUCGUUCUGGAUGAAGGUCAUCUGAUCAAGAAUCCUCGUGCAAAAGUUACCAUGGCAGUAAAGCGCCUCCUCAGCAAUCAUCGCCUGAUUCUGUCGGGCACACCCAUCCAGAAUAACGUCCUAGAACUCUGGUCUCUCUUUGACUUCCUCAUGCCCGGCUUCCUCGGCACUGAAAAAGUCUUUCUCGACCGCUUCGCCAAGCCUAUCGCCGCUAGCCGGUAUAGCAAAUCCUCUUCCAAGGAGCAAGAAGCUGGCGCCCUCGCCAUCGAAGCCCUGCACAAGCAGGUGCUCCCCUUCCUCCUGCGUCGCCUUAAGGAGGAAGUCCUCGACGACUUGCCCCCCAAAAUCCUACAGAACUACUACUGCGACCUUAGCGACCUCCAAAAGAAGCUCUUUGAAGAUUUUACCAAGAAAGAAGGCAAAACGCUCGCGGAGAAGGCGUCCUCCGGCGACAAGGAGGCUAAGCAGCAUAUUUUCCAAGCCCUGCAGUACAUGCGCAAGCUGUGCAACUCGCCCGCGUUAGUAAUGAAGGAAGGCCACAAGCAGUACGACGAGACGCAGCGUCUUUUGGCAAAACAAGGCACCAGUCUACGUGAUCCAGUCCAUGCCCCUAAACUCCUCGCCUUGCGUGACUUGCUUGUUGACUGCGGUAUUGGCAACGAGCCCGCAGCCGACGAAGUAACUACCGAAACUUCCUACGUCUCUCCCCACCGGGCGCUCAUCUUCUGCCAGAUGAAAGAGAUGCUCGACAUGGUCCAAAACGACGUGCUGCGUAAGAUGUUACCCUCUGUCCAAUUCCUCCGCAUGGACGGCUCUGUCGAUGCUUCCAAACGCCAAGACAUCGUCAACAAGUUCAACUCCGACCCUUCGUACGAUUGUCUGUUGUUAACAACAAGUGUGGGGGGCUUGGGAUUGAACUUGACGGGUGCCGAUACGGUAAUUUUCGUGGAGCAUGAUUGGAACCCACAGAAGGAUUUGCAGGCUAUGGAUCGCGCCCAUCGGAUUGGGCAGAAGAAAGUUGUCAAUGUGUAUCGGCUGAUCACGAGGGGGACCUUGGAGGAGAAGAUCAUGUCCCUUCAACGCUUCAAAAUCGACGUCGCCUCCACAGUCGUCAACCAGCAGAACGCCGGCCUGGGCACCAUGGAAACAGACCAGAUCCUCGACCUUUUUAAUCUCGGCGAGACGGCCGACGGCAUCGACAAACCUGCUGCGGGCGGGACGGAAGGCAAAGAAGAGGACAUGGUGGAUGCGACGGGCGAGGUGCGAGAAAAGGGGAAGAAGGGCUGGUUGGACGACCUGGGGGAGCUGUGGGAUGACAAGCAGUAUGAAGAAGAGUUUGACCUCGGGACUUUCUUGGGAAAGAUGAAUGCGUAG